UCCGGCCGGGUGCCGGGGUGCGGUGAGGUGCGGGGGAUGGAUAUGCGCGACCAUACAACUACGGUGCCCCGCAAAUUCACCCCGUCAGUCCCUACGCACGCACGCACGACCUCUCGAUCACGCUCACUUACAUACUUUACUUUGAAGUCUGCGCUUUAGUUGACAGGUAGGUGCCAGGGGAAAGCUUAUUUGGACGUUGUCUUUGUGGACCUACAUACCUCCUACAUACCUCCUGCUUGCUUGGGUAGAUACCAGCAUCGUGGUGGCUUGGGUACUAUCGGCAGUAGGUAGUACCAUCACUAUCCGCGGGACUUUCCUACAUAUCGCUGCCGUGGAGCUGCUGUAGGGGAUCCGCGACUUCUCUCCAUCACCUACCUACCAAGGUACUCUACGCUGCGCACGCGACGAUGACGGACCCGACGGAUACACAUACGCACACGGACACCCACACGGACUCGCACACGAACUCGCACACGCACACGGACACGGGAAAGGUCCUCGCCAUAGCCAGUCAUGUGGUUUCCGGCUUCGUCGGCAACACAACCACCACCUUCGUGCUGAACCUUCUAGGGCUCGAGACGGGCUCGCUGAACACCGUACAGUUCAGCAACCACUCUGGCUACCGGCAGCUGCGCGGCUUCCGCACGUCGGCCGCGCAGAUCCUCGAGAUCUUUGAAGGGCUGGAGCAGUCCGGCUUGCUGGAGGGGUUCGAUAUGCUGCUCACUGGGUAUGUUCCCGGUGAGGAGGAGCUGCGCGCUGUGGGAAAGAUUGCAAGGGAGGUUAAGAAGAGGGGUGGGGGGUUCUGGUUGCUCGAUCCCGUAAUGGGCGACCAGGGGAAACUAUACGUCUCCGAGGGCGUAGUGCCGGUCUACAAGUCGCUCAUCCACCACGCGGAUCUCAUCGUGCCCAACCAAUUCGAGACCGAACUCAUCUCGGGCGUCAAAGUGACCUCCCUCGCCACGCUCUCCACCGCGCUGGAUACACUUCACCGCAUGUACUUGAUCCCGCACAUCGUGAUCACGUCGGUGACGUUCGACGGCGCAUCAAAGAUGGCGUGCGCAGGCAGCAGCAUCACCUCUUCUGGCGCCAGCCGCAAAUUCGUCGUCGACGUGCCAAUCAUUGACGGGUUCUUCUCUGGGACCGGCGACCUAUUCGCAGCACUGACGCUGGCGCGGCUACGCGAGCACUCUGCCGCCGCCGGGUUGCUAAGCACUGCCGGAUGGAUCCCGCCCGAUGAGACGGCGACGCUCGAUCUGCCGCUCGCGAAGGCCGUAGAGGUCGUCCUGGGGAGUAUGCAUCUCGUCCUCAAGAAGACGAAGAGCACGAGAGAUCGCAUCCUGCUGAGCCAAGCCGCGGAACAGGGAGAGAAGGAGAGGCAUGUACAGGUCACCAGAGCGAGCGAGUUGAGGCUCGUGCAGUCGCAGGAGGAACUGCUGAGGCCUGGCUUGAGGUAUGAGGCUACGGUGCUGCCGUAGUAGCCGCGAUGCGUAAUGGCGUGCAAGAUGGAGAUACCAGAUAGAUUAGAUACCAGAGUGCUUUGUAUAUAGAUUAUUUGACAUAUGUUUGUAAU